AUGGCGAGAGGCAGGGGUUCCUUUGGCUUAAAUUCUCGUACCCGUUUUCGUGGUGGCGGAGGCAGAGGUGGCGCUUGGAGGGGAGGUCGCGGUCGCGGUCGAGGUGGAAGCUCCAAAGGCACAGGGAACGAGGCAGUUGCUCCUCGAAGAGAAGACGACGCGACACAAUUGGCGGAAAGGUUCGAGCAAGUCAGGGUGAGCGACGAAGUGGACGAGAAACUGGGCUUUUCCAAGGUGCAGGAGGGGUACCGAAGGGAAGGAUGGUUGAUCAAUAUGCACCCGACCCUCGUGAAGGAUCCUGACUGGCCUGGGGGAAAGGCCGCGGUUGACUUUUACUUCAUUCAAGACGACGGCGGAAUGUUCAAGUGCACAUAUACCUACGAGCCUUACUUUUAUAUUGCCUGCAAGGCCAACACAGAGACCACCAUCGAAGAGUAUCUGCUCAAAACGUACUCCCCGUCACUCCUGCGAAUUACGCGAAUGUACAAGGAAGACCUCAAACUCCCGAAUCAUUUGAUGGGGCACAAGCGGCUCUAUCUACAGCUAGUAUUUCGCAACGUCUCGGACCUGCUCGCUGUUCGUCGCGACAUCAUGCCGCUGGCGCUGGAGAACAGCGCAAAACGCGAUGCGGUAGACGUCUACGCGGAGGUCAUCAACUCGACGUCUGGGUUUGGGAACAGCACGGAGGACGCGUUGGUGGGGGUGGAUAUCCAGUUCGAAGACGAGGAAGGGGGGAUGGAAGGCGGGUCGCGGGCGCGGGGUGCGGGGGACAAAGACCCGCGAGAGUGCAUCAUCGACAUACGCGAGUACGACGUGCCGUACUACCUACGUGUGUCGAUCGACAACGACCUAAGGGUGGGGCUGUGGUAUGCGAUCACAUUCCCGAUGAACAACCCGCAGCAGCCGUCGUUCGCGCUGAUCGCGGAACGGGUGAAGCGCGCGGACCCCGUGGUGCUGGCGUACGAUAUCGAGACGACGAAGGCGCCGCUGAAGUUCCCCGACCACGAGCUCGACCAAGUUAUGAUGAUUUCGUAUAUGGUGGACGGGCAGGGGUAUCUCAUCACCAAUAGAGAGAUUGUCGGUGAUGACAUCGAAGACUUUGAGUACACUCCGAAGGAUGGAAUGGAAGGGAUGUUUACUGUGUUCAACGAGAAGGAUGAGAAAGCUACACUGAUGCGAUUCUUCACCCACAUACAGGCCGUCAAACCGACGGUCCUAGCCACAUUCAACGGGGACUUCUUCGAUUUUCCGUUCCUUGAUGCCCGCGCUCGAGUACAUGGGAUAUCCUUGUACUUGGAGACUGGGUUCCAGAAGGAUAGCGAGGAUGAAUACAAGAGCAGGGGAUGUGUCCAUAUGGACUGCUUCAGGUGGGUGAAGAGAGACUCGUAUCUGCCUCAAGGGAGUCAAGGUUUAAAAGCUGUCACGACCGCGAAAUUGGGCUACAACCCUAUCGAAUUGGACCCCGAGUUGAUGACACCCUAUGCAACCGAACAGCCCCAAGUGCUCGCGCAGUAUUCCGUCUCCGAUGCAGUGGCGACCUACUACCUCUACAUGAAAUACGUGCAUCCCUUCAUCUUCUCUUUAUGCAACAUCAUCCCAUUGUGCCCAGAUGAGGUGUUGCGCAAGGGCAGUGGGACGCUGUGCGAGACUCUGCUCAUGGUGGAGGCAUAUCGAGGCGGCAUUAUUAUGCCCAAUAGGCAUGAGGAUGCGCACGGGAAUAUGCACGAAGGGCAUCUACUUGCCUCUGAAACGUAUGUCGGAGGUCAUGUCGAAGCAUUGGAAGCUGGCGUCUUCCGCAGCGAUAUCCCCAUAGACUUCAAGAUCGUUCCUGCCGCAGUGCAGCAGCUCAUCGACGACCUCGACGCAGCUUUAAGAUUCUGCAUCACCGUGGAGUCUAAUACGUCAAUGGAUCUCGUCACCAACUACGACGAAGUCAAGGCGUCCGUCCAAUCCGCCCUGGAAGUCAUGCGUGACAACCCUAAACGUACUGACACGCCCCUCAUCUACCACUUGGACCCCGACUCGAUGGUAGAGGAAUCCGUCUGCGCGGUCUGCGACUAUAACAGGCCGGGCAAGACGUGCGAUAGGCGCCUGGAAUGGGCAUGGAGGGGAGAGUAUUUCCCCGCGCAUCGCGAUGAGUUCAACAUGAUUAAGCACGCGUUGAAUCAGGAGACGUUUCCCCCGAGGCGUCCUGGCCAGCCGCAGAGGAAGUUCGCGGACCUGAGCGCCGCCGAGCAAUCGGCUCUGUUGCACAAGCGGCUAGGCGACUACUCACGGAAGGUGUACAAGAAGACAAAGGAAACGAAGGUAGAGACGCGGGAGGCCAUCGUCUGCCAGCGGGAGAAUCCAUUUUACGUCGAUACGGUGCGCCGGUUCAGAGAUCGCCGGUAUGAAUACAAGGGGCUGCACAAGACGUGGAAGAAGAAUUUGGAUCAGGUUGUUAGCGAGGGAAAGUCGAUUGCCGAGGUCGACGAGGCGAAGAAGAUGAUCGUGCUGUACGACUCGCUGCAGCUGGCGCACAAGUGCAUCCUCAACUCCUUCUAUGGGUACGUCAUGCGCAAGGGUGCGCGCUGGCAUUCGAUGGAAAUGGCGGGUAUUACCUGUUUAACGGGGGCGACGAUCAUCCAGAUGGCGCGCGCGCUGGUAGAGCAGAUUGGGCGGCCUUUGGAGCUGGAUACGGAUGGUAUUUGGUGCAUGCUACCCGGCGUGUUCCCCGAGAACUUUAAGUUCAAAUUGUCGAAUGGCAAAUCACUCGCGUUCUCUUAUCCAUGCUCGAUGCUUAACCAUCUCGUGCAUGCCCAGUUCACCAACCACCAAUACCACGAUCUCAAUCCUGACACAGGCGAGUACGUUGUGCAUUCGGAGAACUCGAUCUUCUUCGAGCUGGAUGGGCCAUACAAGGCGAUGAUAUUGCCGAGUUCCAAGGAAGAGGACAAGCUGUUGAAAAAGAGAUAUGCCGUGUUCAACGACGACGGGUCCCUAGCUGAGCUCAAGGGGUUCGAGGUCAAGCGAAGAGGCGAACUGCAGUUAAUCAAGAUAUUCCAGUCGCAGAUUUUCGAAAAAUUCCUGCUAGGGACGACGACGGAGGAGUGUUACCACGCUGUUGCGCAAGUGGCCGAUCAGUGGCUAGACGUGCUUUUCACUCGCGGCGACAGCCUAGGGGACGACGAACUGGUCGAACUCAUUGCGGAGAACAGAAGCAUGUCGAAGACACUCGCGGAAUAUGGCGCGCAGAAAUCAACCUCGAUCAGUACUGCCCGGCGACUGGCAGAGUUCCUUGGUGAUCAAAUGGUCAAAGACAAGGGCCUCGCCUGUAAAUUCAUCAUCUCCGCAAAGCCUCAAGGCGCGCCUGUGACUGAACGCGCUGUUCCAGUCGCCAUAUUCUCAGCAGAAGAGAGCAUCAAGCGGAGCUACCUUCGCAAAUGGCUAAAAGACAACAGCGUCGUGAAUUUCGAUCUACGAUCAAUACUGGAUUGGGACUAUUAUAUCGAGAGGUUGGGAUCGGUCAUCCAGAAGCUGAUCACCAUCCCCGCGGCGAUGCAGAAGGUGCCCAAUCCUGUACCGAGAAUUAAACAUCCGGAUUGGCUGCACAGGAGGGUUGCCGGCGCAGUGGACAAGUUCAAACAAAACAAGCUCACCGAUUUCUUUGGGGCUAGAGGCCAGGAGGAGUCGCAGUCUCAGCCUGAUUUGGUGGAUGUUGAGGAUAUUGUCAGUUCCCAAGCGCAACCUAAGCGAUUGCAGCUUCGUGCGCCGGGUAUCAAAGCAUCAAAGCGUGCAUUGGUGGAUGACGAUGAUGACCCCCCAACAUCUCUCCCAAAUCCAUUGGUCGACUAUCCUGGAUGGGUUGCAGCUAUGAGACGCGUGUGGCGCAGACGACUUAAUCCCCAAACGGAAUCCAUACCGACGUCUAUUUCCGGUGUAAUCCCUCCUAGCCGGCCGCAAGGUCGUUCUAAGCUCUGGGACAUUGUGCAAAUUCGACCCACCCAAAUACCUGGACGCCAUGUAUUAUGGUUAUCCGUGGACUCGGAACUCGUUUCCUUGAAUCUGCACAUUCCUCGGCAAUUCUACGUCCACAUGCGGGCACCUAAAACGGAAGUUUUCAGACCUGACUACUACUCGUACGAGAAGACCACCAAGAAUCUACCUAGGGAUACACCUUGUGUCAACCUCUAUAAACUGACGGUGAAGGAGGAUACGUACCAAGAUAUCAGUGAACAUUUCAUCGAUCUCGAGAACGACCCGAAUGUCGAUGGAGUUUAUGAGCAACAAGUGCCGUUGACUAUUCGUGCAUUGCUUAAACUAGGAAAAACCUGCACUCCAGAGAAAUCACAUUUGACGAUCAACAGGGCUCAAGCUUCUGACCUCGACCUGGACGAUCUUCAACGAGCAAUCGUCAGCGAUAAACGUUAUAAAUACCUGAACGUUUCUGCAUCAGGCGGGAGGUACAUCAUGCUAUACCACGCGUACUCAUCGUCAUCAUUACUCCAUGUCCUUGCGUUAUUCUUGCCAGAUGGUGUUGUCAAGUUACAUGUCGUAGAUCCUGCCGUUCAUCGCGAACCCGUAUCUCAUAACCGACUUCAAACCAUGUACGGCGAUCUGGCGGAGAAGCGCGAGGCUUUCUACGGACCAUGCGCGUCUUUCACAUACCCAUCGACACUGGAAUUCACCACGAUCAACCAUCGGUCUAUCAAAGCCGCCAUGAACGCUGUGGACCGCGAACUCAGCCCGUUCGAGAGGAAAUCGUACACCGUUAUCAUCUCGUCUGGGAAAGACCAGUCGUACUACGAGCACCAGAUUCGUAGGCUCGCAAGUUUCCCGCUAUUGGCCAUGUCGAAAUCUCGGGCUCCACACUCGCUAGAUGUCCUGCAGUGGCAGAAGCACGUAACUGUCAAGUUGGUGAAUCGAUACCUGUCGCUCGGGAUCUGGCUCGAUCGAUUGACUGCUCUUGCUGAUUACUACGAUAUUCCUCUCGGACACAUUGAAGGCGACCAGCCGCUCUUCAUUUCUGACCUCAGCUUUGCAAGACGUCUCAUAGAAAACGAUUUCGUGUUAUGGUGGUCUCCAGGUGCGCGGCCUGACCUCGGCGGUGUGGAAUUCGAUUCCAGACCCACAGAAGAACUUCCCAAUACCGAGUUCAUGGCUCCUGGCUCGUACAGUAAUGUUUGUUUGGAAAUAUCGGUCAGAAACCUGGCGAUCAACUCAGUGAUACAUUCCGUCGUAGUGAAUGAGCUAGAAGGGAGUGGGGGUGCUACUGCCUUCGAUUCGGUCUCCCAUACACUAGAUGAAUACGCUAAUGGAGCCCCGCGGGACCUCACCUUGGGCGAAUCUAAUAUGUCCUCCCAGGCAUUCAUCAUUAUGAAGAAUAUCGUAAAGACAUGGCUCCUCGACAAAAUCCAAGGGAAUUCGGACAGCCCAGCCAACCUCGCAAUCGACCACUUUUAUCGAUGGAUCUGUUCUAGUGCCUCGCACCUGUACGACCCAAGUAUCCACCGCUUCAUCCACGGGUUGAUGCGCAAGACUUUCAUCCAGCUCUUGGCCGAGUUCAAGCGGCUAGGCUCCUAUGUCGUGUAUGCCGACUUCAGCCACAUCCUCCUCGCGACGUCGAAGCCGCCUGGCACAGCGCAUGCCUAUGCCACUUACAUCACAACCGCAGUGACCUCCCACGAGCUCUUCCAGCACAUCUAUCUGCGGACCGAAAGGUUCUAUGACUUUCUGUUAUUCAUGGACCAGGCGAAUAUGAGCGGGAUUGUAUGCGACGAUCCCAUGGCAAUGGACGCCCCUUCACAACUAUCCAUAGAGAUGCGGUGGAAUAUACAGGAGUUCCUUCCUCCAGCGCUGCAUAACGAUUUUGCCAAUAUCCUCAAGUACUUCAUGGUUGAGAUGUUCAAAAUACGGCAGAAAUCCAACGAAGCCACGCGUGUUCCGUUAAAGCAGCUUGCCAACGGGGCUCCCGAUGCUUCACAACGAGACGCCGUCUCCGUCAAAGAGACAGAAGCCAUUCAGGAGUUCAUCGCAAGACGGCUAACCAGGAAGUUGCUUAGAAUGGUCGGGGAUAUCCUUGACCGCCAACGCCACGCGAUGAUGCUCGAUGACGACGAUCCUGAUAAAGAUUCCUUCGACUUCCCUGUCCAUCCUGGUGGCCAUCUGCAGCUUACCAACCCCGCCUUGGAAUUCGUGAAAUUCGUCUGUGCAGUUCUCGGACUGGCUAGGGACUACCAAGUCGAGAUCGGCCUGCUGAAGCGCAACCUCCUCGAGCUCGUCGGUGUACGCGAGUUUGCAAGCGAAGCCGCCUUCCGCAAUCCGUGCGAGCCGUUGAAAUUGGCCAAUGUCCCUUGCAGACAUUGCGACAGUAUCCGCGACUUCGACUUUUGCCGAGAUCCUGAGCUCAAGCCUAACGACCUCGAGUCUGCGCCUCGCUGGCUAUGUCAGAGCUGCGGCGGAGAAUACGACCGCCUCGUCAUUGAGCACACUCUCAUGGAAAUGGUCUUCACCAUUGAGAAGACCUUCUCCCAGCAGGAUCUACGCUGUAAAAAAUGCAAGCAAGUUCGCAGUGACUACGUCUCACGAUGGUGCCAGUGCUCUGGCCCGUAUAAUUUGACGAUUGCCCGAGCCGACAUGAAAAGGCGCGUGAGGACAAUGGUCAACAUCGCCCGCCUCCAUAAUCUGACCAGACUAAGCGAGGUCGCCCAAACCAUGCUUGAUAAUUGGUGA